AUUGAUUUGCCAUCGAGAUUUGUUGCUAGAUACGAAAUCCAAGGCAAAGAAGGCGAAAAAAAAAGAGAUAUUCGACGACAAGGGCGCACAAGAGAGAAGAAUUUCAACGUUUGGAAUUCUCUACACCACCAGUCCCCAAAGGAACACAAAUUUUCCAUAUCCCCAACGCAAAAAACACCAACCAAACCAGCAAACAUGCUCUCCUCGAUCCUCCCCACCCUCUCCCUCCUCCUCCUCACCCCCCUCGCCUCCGCCCAAACCCCCCAAAAAGUAAACGACUUCAACCUCGGCCCCACAAACCUCGGAAUGUACGUCUACAAGCCGUCCAACCUCAAAACGCCCGCGCCCAUCGUCGUAGCCGUCCACCACUGCCAAGGCAGCGCGACCGGCUACUCGCAAGAAACAAAGUACCAGCCGUUGGCCAACUCAAAAGGCUUCAUGGUGAUCUACCCAAACUCCAAAUCCGGAGGUGGAUGUUUCGACGUCGCGUCCACGGCGUCGCUCACGCACAACGGCGGCGGCGACUCCCAGACCAUCGCAAACAUGGUCAAGUACGCCGUCGAUAAGCUCGGCGGCGAUGUGAACAAGGUCUUUGUGACGGGCUCGUCGUCCGGGGCCAUGACAACGCAGGUUUUGGCCGGCGCGUACCCGGAUGUGUUCAAGGCUGCCAGCGCGUACAGUGGAGUCCCUGAUGGCUGCUUUUAUGUGCAAGGCUCGACCGCGACGCAGGACCCGCCGGGGUGGAACAAUGCGUGUGCGAAUGGGCAGACUACUAAGACUGCGCAGCAGUGGGGUGAUAUGACGAGGGGGUAUUAUCCCGGGUAUAACGGAACGAGGACGAGGAUGUUGUUGUGGCACGGCACUGCGGACAACACGCUGCGCUACCCCAAUUACCAGGAAUCGCUCAAGCAGUGGUCCAACGUUCUCGGUCUGACGUCUUCCAAGACGAUCCAGAACUCGCCGCAGAGCGGGUACACGGCUACCAUCUACGGGGAAGGCGACGUCAAGACUGCUCAGCUUGUUGGAUACAGUGGCCAAGGCGUCGGGCACACUGUCCCCGUUCACGAGAGCAUGGACAUUGACUUCUUCGGUCUCUAG